AUGGGGAUCAAGACUUGGAUUCACGAUAGUAACCUGCGGGUUGCGCGAAGUCCCGUGGGGAGAUGGUUCCGUUUGGAGAAUUCUGGCCACCCGUUGGAAAGGAAAGGGAGCUUCUUCUUUACUGAGCUCCGUGCCGGCCUGGCCACGUUCUUCGCGAUGGCCUAUAUCAUCUCCGUGAACAGCACCAUUACUUCGGAGUCUGGUGGAACAUGCGUUUGCCCGGCUGAAAGCAUGUCUGACCUUUGCGCAACCAAUGCCGAAUACUUGAUCUGCGUGCAGGAGGUGAAGCGCGACAUCGUUACCGCGACGGCAGCUAUCGCCGCCCUCUCGACAUUCUGCAUGGGUCUUUUCGCGAACUUGCCUAUUGCGCUAGCUCCCGGCAUGGGUCUGAAUGCCUAUUUCGCCUAUACAGUUGUUGGAUAUCAUGGUUCCGGUCUGAUCCCAUACAAGGUUGCUUUGACUGCUGUCUUCGUCGAGGGCUGGGUAUUCUUGGGUCUAACAUUGAUUGGUAUGCGACAAUGGCUUGCACGCGCUCUUCCGGCUUCUAUCAAGCUUGCGACUGGUGUCGGUAUUGGGCUGUAUCUUGCUCUCAUCGGUUUGACUUAUAGCGCCGGUAUUGGACUGGUUCAGGGUGCCACGGACACUCCCAUUGAGCUGGCAGGAUGCGCGUCCCAGUAUAUCGACUCGGAGACUGGCUUGUGUAUUAGCAGCCAGAAGAUGCGCAGCGCUACUAUGUGGAUCGGCAUCUUCUGCGGUGGUUUCAUGACCGCAUUGUUGAUGAUGUACCGUGUUAAAGGCGCGGUCAUUAUUGGAAUUCUGCUCGUCUCGAUUAUUUCUUGGCCGCGUACCACCCCAGUGACGUACUUCCCUUACACGGAACUCGGAACCAGCAUGUUCGAUUUCUUCAAGAAGGUCGUUACAUUCCAUCCUAUCACGCAUACCCUGGCUGUGCAGGAAUGGGAUAUCUCUGGUCACGGCGGCCAGUUUGGCCUGGCUUUCAUCACCUUCUUGUAUGUUGAUAUUUUGGACACCACCGGUACUAUGUACUCUAUGGCCCGAUUUGCGGGCGCCAUUGAUGAGCGUACCCAAGAUUUCGAAGGCAGCGCUAUCGCAUAUAUGGUUGAUGCUAUUUCCAUCUCAAUCGGAUCCCUCUUCGGCAGCCCACCCGUUACUGCUUUCGUCGAAUCAGGUGCUGGAAUCUCCGAAGGUGGCAAGACAGGCUUGACCUCUUGCAUGACCGGCUUCGCAUUCUUCAUCGCCGUCUUCUUCGCGCCAAUCUUCGCUUCGAUUCCACCAUGGGCAACCGGCUGCACUCUCGUCAUUGUCGGUGCUCUGAUGGCCAAGUCGGCGGCCGACAUUAACUGGCGUUACUAUGGUGAUGCGAUCCCGGCUUUCCUUACCAUUGCUAUCAUGCCGUUCACCUACAGCAUCGCCUACGGUCUCAUUGCCGGUAUCCUGAGCUAUAUCAUCCUGAACUCGAUUGCUUGGAUCCUGGAGAAGGUCAGUGGAGGUCGUAUCGUCCCACCGAACAAGGACGAGUCCGACCCCUGGUCAUGGAAGGUGCCUGGUGGCUUCCUCCCUCCUUGGGUAAAGCGCGCUGCUAGUGGAAAGAAGGACUUCUGGCGCCGCGAUGAGGAGCGCGCCGCUUCCGAUGAGCUAGGAUCUCUUGGCUCAUCUCAGGAGAGAGUGGCAACUGAGAAGGGUCCCCAUAAUGCCGAGCAGUCCACAGCGAAGGUGUUGUGA